AUGACAGAGAAAAGUGCUCGAAAUCCCACCCCCGGCUCCUUUCCGCAUACCGGGUCAGCCCCGGCUGCGCCGCCGGUGCGGGGCCAGCGCGGAGCCACCUCGGCGGAGCGGGGAGCGGAGCCACGGGGGCGGGGGGCGGCGGCAGAGGCCCCCGCCGGUCUCCGCGGGGGCGGCGGGCCGGGGAGGGGGGAGAGGCCGGGGGAGCCCGGCGGCAGCCGCCUUACGACAGAUCCUGGAGAGCGGAUCGCGGUGGGGCGCGCCCCGCCCGCCGCUCCGCGCACAGCCGCGCACAGCCGCGCAGCGCCGACGGGGCGGCCGCCGGAAGCGCGGCCCGGCGGAGAGCUGCGGGCGGCGGCGAGGCCCCGAGCGGCGACCUCCAGCGCGGGUGAGUCGCUCCCAGCCGUCGCCCCCAACCCUGCCGGCAGCCGCCCCGACCGGGAGCGGGGGGGUUCCGCCCGCAGCUCCGCGCCCACGGCGGAGGCGCAGAUCCCCAGACCCCGCCGUCGAGGCGCGUCGGGCUCCUGCCCCGCCGCCUGCGCUGCGACCAGGCGGGACGGGGGGGGUGGCGGCCGGCCCACUCCUCUGCCCCCCGGCCUGUCCUCCCCGGCCCCCGGACCCUCCCGCUCCGCGGAUGCGAAGCGAGGCGCGGCCGCAGCAGCUCGGAGCCCUCGUGGCCCUGUGUCGCUGCUCCCCGCGCAGGAAAAAGUGGAGCCUUUCAUUGCCUCGGGGCGAAUCUCCCCACGCCGGGACGGUUCUCCCGCGGACACCUCGCCCUCUGCUCCGCGGGAAGACGCGGGGCCCGACCCUUCUGGGCCUGGAGCAGCCGUGUCCCUGCGGGAAAAGGUCACCUGUCCUCCGGGCCACUGGCCGGCACCCCACCCGCGCCCCCCGCACCGCUGUAACGCCGCAAGCGGCCUCGCCCGCAGAAUAAAACCGAUCCAGAGCAGCCUCGUCUCCCCGACCUUCCGUAGCGACGGCCGCCGGCGGGGCUGUGGGGAUGAGGGGCUAACGGGGACCGGGUACCCACGGGGACCGGGUACCAACGGGGACCGGGGUACCCACUGCGCUGCCACCCCUCGCGGCCCCGGACACGACCCGGGAGCCUGCGCCCACGGACGGGCCGUGCCCGCACAUCGCCCGUCGGUGACCGAGCACCGGGCAGGGAGAGAGGAGGCGCCGGCCUCGGGUCCCGUCCCGAGGGCAGCUGUGCCCCGGGGCCGGGGCCGAGGAGUGUCCCCGCACUGUCCCCUUCGAGGGAAGUGGUGCCACGGCAAGAGGAGACCCCCGGGCCCUUGGGGAGGGCGGCCCGGCUGCUCGCACCUUCCCAAACUGGGGGAGUCGAGCCGGGACGGAAACAGGCCGUGGCGUGGGGGGAAGGACACGGUGCCACAGGGCUGUCCUUCCCUGGGAGCAGCCGGACAGACAGACCUGGGGACGUCAGAAACUCCCCGAGCGAAGCCGCAGGUGCGGGGUGGGGGAACUCCCUCCGUCCCGAAGGAAACCGGGUCCUCCAAGCCCCGGGGAGCGUUCCCCCGGUCCGACCUGGCCCUGCAGCCUCAGCUGCAGGCGGGGAGGAGGCGAGGGGCGGCCCCGCAGCCCCGCAGCUUCGUCGGCCCCUUUUCUCCGCUCCACCUAGAGAGGAAAAGAGCCCCACGUGUGAUGGAACUGUCCUCGUUUGAUCUCACCCACCCGCGCCCAGGACACCCCUCCUUCGCUUUCCUUUUCCGGGGCGCCGCAUCUCCCCUCGCACCCUUCGGCGGGGUGGGAAUCCCCUUAUCCCGGGAGAUCCCGGGAAAACGACUCCGCUCCCCCGCCGUGCUCCGGUGCCCGCUGGAGGGGACGGGGGGGGGGCCGCCGGGCACCGGGGCCCGGCUGAUGCCCUUUUGCCGACAGCUGCCGAGAGAGAUGCUCGAUCUGACACCAGCCUCGGCACCACCACCCUCCUUUUCCUCCCGCUGCGCGGCUGCGGAGCUGCGCGCCCCUUCGGUGCGCAGGGAACCCCGCGGAGCCCCGCCAGCGCGGCAGCCCCCGGGCCGCCCCCCUCCCCCCGAGAUCCCCCUGCCCUCAGACUGUUUAGAUUUCUCUCCAGCUUUAAAGAAAAUAUUUCCAGUAAUCCAGAUUUCUGGAAAAUAA